ACUGGGAUGUCCUCUUCCUGCUGAAGAUAAUCGGAAGCAAGAAUAGGACCAAAUGGGAAAGGGCAUUUUCAUCUCUUUCUAGUCACAGACCCGGGUGAAAUCCAACAUAUUUACAGCAUUUUAACUGUGGUCCUGCUACAUUCCGCUCGCUGUUUACAAGCUAUCUUCAAUAAUAGAUGUCAGUAGGCGGUGGAAAUGGAGCACGGAGACGUUUCGUCCACGAACGCAGACUGGAUGUCUCAACUGCCAGAGGAACUGUGGGGUACACCGCUUUGGGACCUGGCGAUACCCGGGAGUCAUGACAGCAUGAGUUACUGCCUGGAUACACACUCUCCUGUCUUGGGUUCUGAGUCAUUCAUGCUGCAGUUUCUGGAUCGACUGGCACCCUGCAUUGUACGCCCCUGUGUCUACCGCUGGGCCACCACACAGAUGUGGUGUAUUCCUGAUCAGUUGGAUGCUGGAAUCCGGUUCUUCGAUCUACGCAUCGCCCAUAAAAACAUAAAAAAUACACACAACACACAAGACUUGCUAAAAACACACAACACAGAUGACACGCUGUACUUCGCACACGCGAUCUAUACGUUACAGACUGUAAAGGAGGCCCUGUCAACCAUGGCUGUGUGGUUGAAGCAGCACCAGAAGGAGGUAGUGAUCCUGUCCUGUUCCCACUUCUACCUGCUGACUGACUCUGAGCACCAGGCCCUGGUCUGCUACAUCACUCAGCUGUUUAAAGACAAACUCUGCCCCCCACAGGUACAGGAUAGACAAGACCCCACAACUGCCUGUCUCAGUCAGGGUUGGGGUCAGUUCAGUUUUCAGAAAGUGGUGUCAUUUGGGGUGAGUUCGUGUUUUCAGGAAGUGGUGUUAGUUGGGGUGAGUUCGUGUUUUCAGGAAGUGGUGCCAGUUGGGGUGAGUUCGUGUUUUCAGGAAGUGGUGCCAGUUGGGGUGAGUUUGUGUUUUCAGGAAGUGGUGCCAGUUGGGGUGAGUUUGUGUUUUCAGGAAGUGGUGCCAGUUGGGGUGAGUUUGUGUUUUCAGGAAGUGGUGCCAGUUGGGGUGAGUUUGUGUUUUCAGGAAGUGGUGCCAGUUGGGGUGAGUUUGUGUUUUCAGGAAGUGGUGCCAGUUGGGGUGAGUUUGUGUUUUCAGGAAGUGGUGCCAGUUGGGGUGAGUUCACGUUUUCAGGAAGUGGUGCCAGUUGGGGAGACUCCCUAUCUGAGCCAGUGCUGGGAUCUGGGGCAGCAAGUCAUCGUUUCGUACGACGAUGAGACGAUUCUUCACCAACACAAGGAACUGUGGCCUAAGAUCCCUUACUGGUACGCUGACUCGGCAGACCCCAAAGAGGUCAUUUCUUACCUGGAGGAGCAGCAGAAGGCCCAAGGAAGAGCAGCUCAUUUCUUCACCUCGGGGCUGAACCUGACGGAGGAUACUGCUGUGGUGGUCUGCAACCCCUGUCUGACGAUGAGGAAGUUAACGAUGAAGAGUUUCUCCCUGCUGCUGGACUGGGUGGAGAAGCAGACUCCUGGACCGGACCAGACCGCUGUCAACAUCAUCUGUGGAGACUUUGUGGGUCUGAACCACUUUGCCUCUGUGGUUAUCGGGCUCAAUAAGAAACUACUGAAGACAGAGAGCCACAGAUGACUCACAAGGGACGGAGUGAGAAAGAGACCGACAGAUUAACAUGCACAGGAUCCCAAAUGGCUUCUAGCUCCUUCUCCCUAUGCAGUUGUGGAGAUCUGAGAGGUUUGGUUAGGUGUAAUCAACAUGGUACUCUGAUACACUAGAUCAGGGGUGUCAAACUCAUUCCAUGGAGGGCCUACUGUCUGUGGGUUUUUUGGUUUUUCCUUUCAUUUACACCUAGACAACCAGGUGAGGGGAGUUCCUUACUAAUUAGUGACCUUAUUUCAUCAAUCAUGUACAAGGGAGGAUCGAAAACACGCAGACACUCAGUCCUCUGUGGAAUGAGUUUGACACGUGCACUACUAGAUCAUAUGAAUGAGUUUGACACGUGCAUUACUAGAUCAUAUGAAUGAGUUUGACACGUGCACUGCUAGAUCAUAUGAAUGAGUUUGACACGUGCACUACUAGAUCAUAUGAAUGAGUUUGACACGUGCACUACUAGAUCAUAUGAAUGAGUUUGACACGUGCACUGCUAGAUCAUAUGAAUGAGUUUGACACGUGCACUGCUAGAUCAUAUGAAUGAGUUUGACACGUGCACUGCUAGAUCAUAUGAAUGAGUUUGACACGUGCACUGCUAGAUCAUAUGAACGAGUUCCCAUGUUUCCCUACGUCUACCUAGAGCACAGGGUGUCAGGUUUACUGUGUUGUUAAUGAGUAUGAUGGAUACAAUCAGAGGUUUUUACAUUCUAAAGUGAUGCCAAAGGAAAAGUUCCAUCAGAUGGGCAAUAUAAUUUAUUUUCUAUUCUAUAUGCAAAUACACUACAUGCAGGGGCAAAUACAUAAAUGUCUAUUGCACUUUU